UAAUCAGAUCCUCGCAUGCGCAGUGCAAAUCAGUAGCCGACUGAAGGAAUUUGUUUCGACUCUGUACCCCCGCCUGGGAGCUCUGAGUGUGUUUCAACUUAAAAUCACAACCACAGAGUGCACAGCUGGUGGGUAUCAGCAGAGCGCCCCAGAACUCCAGCAGCAUGGCGGAAAUGUCAGUGGAGGAUAUAACCAUGCGGGCCAACCAAGUGACUGACGAGUCACUGGAAAGCACCAGGAGGAUGCUACAGCUGGCAGAGGAGAGCCGAGAGACGGGUGUGAAAACUAUAACAAUGCUGGACGAGCAGGGGGAACAACUGAAACGUGUGGAUGAGGGAAUGGACCAGAUCAACCAGGACAUGAGACAAGCUGAAAAGAACCUGACAGACCUGACGAAGUGCUGCGGUCUGUGCGUCUGCCCCUGUGACAGAGUGAGGAGUUUUGAGAUGGGCGACCGCUACAAGAGGACCUGGGGCACAGGGAGCGUCAAGGACAAUGCCAGCAGCGGCGGCACAGAUGGCACUGUGGUGUCCAGUCAGCCCGGCAGAAUCCAUAACGGGCAUGCGGGCACCACCCAAGCCCAAUCUGGGCCCUAUAUCAAGAGGAUAACGAAUGAUGCCCGGGAAGAUGAGAUGGAGGAAAACCUGAAUCAGGUGGGCGGCAUCAUCGGCAACCUGAAGACCAUGGCCAUGGACAUGGGCUCUGAGAUAGACAAGCAGAACAAGCAGAUCGACCGCAUCACAGAUAAGGCUGAAGUGAAUAAGUCCCGCAUCAAUGAAGCCAACCAGAGAGCUAACAAGCUCAUCAAGUAGAAAGAGAGGAUAGUGCUGGAACCUGUGCUGCAGCUCAGUCUGUGUCUGGGACAAUCUGGAAGGUUUCGAUCAGUGGAAGUGCACAACACAAUGUCAGGGGACAUUGAAGCUCUGAGUGCUGAUGAAUCUUAAAGCUUUUCUCCUUCAUCUGAUGUUUUUCAAGUUGAAGUGAUCAUCCCUAGAACCCUUAGGAACACUUCUCUUUGUCAUGAAGACAGCAUAAAUUCAGUAUAAGCUGACUGUAAAUGCAGGGUGGCUAAGGUUGGUCCCUUGUUUUCUCAUUCAUUAAAGCAUAGAUAAAUGAAAAUAAAAUUCAGAUAUUUAAAGUCAAGAUGUGGAGUUGUGAUCUUUCAACCAUAUAAUUUAUUACAAUUGAGGUACAGCACAUUAGGACCCAAAAAAAGGGACCAAUUUAAGUCACUUAGAAAAAGUCUGAACUAUGCAGCACUAAGGAUUUUGUCUUGUAAUCAACUGAUUACUCUGUUUUUUUGCAGGUGCAUUCUCUUAAUCUUCUUUAAGUCAUUUAAUUCAGGCAUCGAUGGGAAAAGCUUGGGAUAAAUAUGCCUUCGAAAGAAAUGAACUGGGGUGUACUAGUGAAUACUUAAUGCAUAUUAUUUAACUUGGGCCUGCAGUUGACUUUCCACAAAUCACCAGUAUCCGUCAGUUGUAUCCAUAAAGGUUUUGUAUAUAGUUGUUCCACUGCUGAUAGUGAUAGUCCUGAUGUAGAAUGCUCAAUAAAUAUACAACUUAUUAGUAAUAAUAAGUGAAUUUAAUUAAACAACCCUGCUCUUUAGGUAGUAAUGUUCUAUGCUGGGCUCCAAAGUUUAGUUAUGCACUGUCAAUGCCAAAAAUAUUUCAGCAAGUUGAUCUCUAGUCAAGGACCUGUUAGAGGACUACAAAAUACAUGAUAUAUUUUACUUAAACUAAUCCAUUUCUUAAUUCCCAGUUUUAUACCAUUAAUUAUCAGCUGUUUGAGGCAGUUGUUUCAGUCUGCUGUCUUCAGUUUUGUUAAUGAGUUGUGAAACUGUAGUUUUGAAUAAUAUGUUUUCAUUAUGGUUAUACUUUCUAAAUUUCUAAAUAUAUGGAUGAACAUUUCUCAGUAUGUGAAGUCUGAUUGCGUACUCAUGGGGUUAAGCAGUCAGAUUUGAGGCUGCUGGUUCUGUUUUAAUCCUUUUUGGGCGUUACCUCUUGUGUUUUUAAACACUUUCUGUAUGCUGUAUUUCACACAAUAAAAGGAUGUGCAUUUUUAUCUA